AUGGCACUUGUUAGAUCUAGCAAAACACCUCAUUUGGUGACAAAAGAAGAAUUAUUAGGCAAAGAAACUCGACGGAAGGUGAAGGAGAUGUUUUACACUAUAUUGCGGAAUGAGUUUUUCAUACUCGGUGUUUAUGGUAUGGGUGGAGUGGAUUUUAGUGUUUAUGCGCUACAAGGAGAGAUUGCCAAUGCGGUUGGACUAGACAAUCUUUCAAAUGAGAAGGACGUGAAGAGAAGGGCGGGCCUAUUGUAUGGACAUCUGAAUGCAAAGAAGGGAUGCAUCCUAAUUUUAGAUGGCCUUUGGAAGCCCUUUGAAGUUAAGGAUGUGGGUAUUCCAGUUGAAACGGGCAAACUAAAGUUGAUAGUGACAACUCGAUCACCAGAUGUGUGUCGUAUGAUGCUCUGUCAAAAGCAAAUUAAGAUAGAGCUUCUCGAUAUGGAAGAUUCUUGGAGGUUAUUUUUAAAGAAGCUUUGCUUUGCGGGAGAACUCCCUCAGGAAGUUGUACAAAUUGCAAGGUCUCUUCUUGAUAGGUGUUGUGGUCUGCCACUUGGGAUCAUUGAGAUUGCAAGUCGCAUGAGAGGGGUAAAGAAAGAGCGUGAGUGGAGAGACAUGUUGGGAAAUUUAGAAGAGUCCAGGAUGGAGCUUGAUGUGUUCAAGAGUCUGCAGCUCAGUUACUUGAACUUGGGUGAUGAACAAGUGCAACAGUGUUUCCUGCAUUCAAUGCUUUGUUCUGGAAAUCUCCUUUCAGAAGCUGACAGAGAGUAUUUGAUAGUCUUUUAUAGAAGAAGGUUUGUUAGGUGGAAUUGCCACCAGGCAAGGACUGUACGAUCAGGGUAA